UUUCCCCGCGCGCCCGCCCGCGCCCGCCCGCCGAGCCGCCGCGAUGGGCCCCGCGCGCCUGCUGGCCCUGGGCUGCCUGGCCCUGCUGGCCGCGCCCGGCCAGCCCCGCCUGCUGCGCGACGACGAGCCCGGCUUCGGGGACUGCGACGGCUUCUUCUACGCGGGGGUCGCGCCCAGCCCGCGCCCGGAUGACUCGCUGCGGCUGUGCCAGCGCUCGGGGGGCGCCGCGCACUUCGCCACUGUGUACAGCGCUGCGCACCGCGCGCCCCUCUACUCCGCCUUCCGCGCGCCCAGCCCCACAACCCCCGCUGACGCGCCGCGCCCACUGCUGGAGCCGCAGAUAGACGACCUGGACAGUGGCCUGGAGGAGCUGGUGGACGAGGCGGAGGCGGUGGCCGCAGGGAGCCAGCUGGGGAGCCGGCAGGCCUUGAGUGCAGACUACGAGGGCUCGGAGUAUGAGCCGGGGCAGCUGUUCCCGUGGCCCCUGGGCGGUGGCAAGCAGGAGGCCGGGUUCGCGCUCACCAAUGCUGUACCCAUGAGCCCGUCCUUCCGGGAGCGCUGGCACGGGAACCUGCACGGGCUGCUGCAGCGGGCACUGCUCCCGCAGUGCGAGCCGGCCUCGUCCCUGUUCCUGCUGGCGGGCGCCGUGCCCUCGGAGCACACGCUGCAGGGCAGGGUGGCCGUGCCCGAGCUCCUGUGGCUGGCGGCCUGCUGCGCCGUGCCUGGCGGGGGCUGGGCCAUGGGUUUUGUGCAGCACCCCCGGGCCGGGGCGGUCAUCGAGGACGUGAUGGUCAGGGACCUGGAGAAGCUGCUGCCCUCCCGCCCCCAGCUCUUCCAUGACAACUGCGGCGAGUCGGAGCAGGACACGGAGAAGAUGAAGAAGAUUCUGGAAACUGUCAACCUACUUCAAGAGGAGGAGCGGGCUGCGUGGGCCCAGGGGGUGCCCCAGCCCCCACCCGAGCCUGCCCCACAGCCCCUGCAGGAGGUCGAGGACACGGGGGGCCCACUGGGGCGGCUGCUGGGCUUGCUGUGCUCCCUGGUGCUGGGCGCGCUGCGGGCCGUCCUGCAGUUGCUGUGGUUUGUGGUCGGGCAGGUGGUCCAGGCCGUGGAGGGUGGCCUUUACCGCCUGGGCUCCGCCGCUGUCUCCUACGUGCUGGCCAUCGGCGGAGAGCUGCUGGGCAUCCCCUGGAAGGUGCUCCAGGUCCUGCUGCGGCUGCUGCGGGCCCUGCUGCGCGUGCUCUGCUGCCUGCUCAAGGCCGUGUGUCGCGUGCUGGGGCUGCCGGCCCGCGUGCUGCUGGACGUGGCCGCCUUCCCUGUGUACACGGUAGGCGCCAUCCCGGGCGUGUGCCGGGACAUUGCCGCGGGCCUGGGGGGCGCCCUCGUGCUGCUCUUCAACAUGGCCUCGGGCACUGUGGGGGGGCUGCUGCAGGUGCUAUUUGGGGUCUGCCGGCGGGUUGGCCCCCGAGCUCCCGUGGACAGCGCCGGGGACUUCUAGGGGCCGGUGUGGCAGGUGCGGGGGCUUCUCUCUUCCCGACAGACGGGGUGGCGCUGUUUGUUCUCUCAUGGCGCGUCUCAGCCCCAGUCCGUGAUGGGGACAUUCCGGCCUUGGGUGGCAGGGUGUGGUGUGUGCGAGGAGGCGGGCAGGGUGGUGGGGGGGACGGCACGGCUGGGCUCUGUGUCAGCUCCGGGACCUCCGUGUCAACGCUUCUGACACACGUGCCCCAUGCCAGCUGCCACUCAGCCAGGGAGGGCGUGAGCCGAGGAUGGCGUUAGAGCAAAGACCAAGUGAGGGAAGAGCAUCUCCCCCUCAGGCUCCCCCUCCCCUACCUCCCUCUCCCCCACUAUUCCUUCUUCUGUUUCUCCUCCUCCUCCCUUCUUCUUUCUCCUUUUUCUCCUCUUCCCUCCCGAUCUCUCCUUCCCCCUUGGGGUCCAACCCGCAGCCGUCCCCAUCUCGGGCUCCCCUUGCCCCUCCAGCCGGCCCAGGCUGCCCGGGUGGCUGUGCUGAGCCUCCCACACCCAGGGAUGGUCUGGCGCUUUCCCCACACAGCUGAGCUCAGCGGCAGAGAUGAGCUUUGUAAGAACACGUGUGGCAGUGGCCGGGCCACAUCGGCAUCAAGGCCCACAACGUGAAGCUCUUACCCCGACCCUGCCAGGCACCUUCACUGUGUGAUGCCCACAAAUGGCCGUUUGAAAGGCACAGGAAGGGCCACCCUGGAGGGCCCGCCUCUCCACCAGGCCUGGGCUGGGGCUCAGAGUGGACGGGGCAGCACCUGCUCGUCUGGCAGGGAAGCCUGCCUCCCAUAGGUAGCAGGCCCCACCUAGUGAGGCGCCUGGGCUCUCAGGGGUAGAUGUGGGUGUAGGGACAGGGGGCCCGGGGCUGGACCAGGCUGCCAAGCACUGGGAAGUUUGGCUUCAGCCAACACUUGGGGCCAGUCCAGGGCAGAGAGACGGGGCUCCUAUUUGUACACUGAGGAACACGGCUGAGCAUGGCAGGAGCACAUUGGCAUGGAGUGGCCCCCAGAGACCGGCUUCCCUGUGGUCAGUGUGUGAGCCUGUGCCAUGCCCUGCUCCCCGCAGCGGACUGGGGCUAGCAGGGGCCCCGCCGGAGCCAGGAGAGAGCAGGGAGGCCCCUCAGUGUGUGUGCGUAUGUGUGUGUGUGUAUGUUUAUCUGUAUGUGUGUGUGCACAGAUGUGUAUAUGUGCAUUCCUGUGGACAUGUGUGCACAGAUGCAUAUAUGUGUAUUCCUGUGUGUACACGGAUGUGUACAUGUGUGUUCCUGUGUGUCACCAUGUGCUCAGAGUCUAGUAUCAGCAGCUGGACUGAGGGUUUGCCGCCAUCCCAGCAGGAGCCCUGGACAGUCUUGCUCUGGGGCCUCCAGCUGCUCGUGUGAACACUUGGCGGUGUCCCUGUCACGCCGAGCUGCCCGUCCUGCUUGUUUUCAUGUGGCCUUUGGAAACCUGGGAGAGAUGAUAAGGCAGAGGUGGGAGGGGCUGAGGGAAAGGCUUGUGGGUAGGGCUGCGUGGUGGGAGUGAGCGCUGCCUCUGGGCCCUGCCCCUCCCCCCAUGCGGUUACCCCCAUGUCAGUGCAUCCACCGGGGGUGCCGAAGGAAGCAAUUGCCCCAUCAGCCAGCGACUCGGUUCUCAGGUGGGCGGAUGGGACGGGUGGUUCCCCCUGGGAAGCAGAGGCUGGAGGGGUAGUAGAACACGCGGCCAUGUCCAGGGGCAGUAGCACCGGGGGAGGGCGCAGAGCUUACACUCGGGGCUGUGUACGAUGCGCGCCUUGCAAUGCUCAAUAAAGUAGCUGCUGAGUGCCUGA